AGAAAUUUCAGUUUUGAUAGACGUGUAGUUAGUUGUGUUAGUGAAAGGAGUUUUAAUUCGCACUGAACUGAAGGAGCGAGUGACUCUCUGAAACCGAGGAGGAGCUGAACUAACCGCCGCCGGUGUGUUUAGGAGCAGCGGAGUGAAAAAAAGAGAGAGAGAGAGUCAUUUAACAGAAAGUGGGACGCGUCUAAUGUGCUUUUGCCGCUGACAUUUAGACAGUCUGUCAGUGGAGUGAAAGAAACUACUGAGGGUCUGUUUAAGAAAACGGGGAGACCAGAGUGAAGUCUCUCUCGCUCUCUCUCUCUCUCUCACACACACACACACACACACACACACACACACACACACACACACACACAGGGAGUAGAGAAGUGAAGACCCCCCGCGGCGGUGUUGAUGUUUCGGCGCGGACAGCUAGCUAACUAGUUUAGCUAACGUUAACUAACGAACGCUAUAUCCAAACACUGCGCAUUCUAGCAACACAAAAUCUGCUUAUUAUCUGCAUUCAGAUAAUUUUAUUUUAUUCUACGAUAAAUGAGAGACAGGAGAUAAAAAGUGAAGAAAUGGGCUGGGCCACCUAGAUUUCCCUGUGUGGGCUUUGUGAUAAUGAGAGAGAGAGAGAGAGAGAGAGAGAGAGAGAGAGAGAGAGAGAGAGAAAUACCAGCAGGAAAGAGGGAGCGAGAGGGGGAGAGAGACAUUGGGAUAUACUGAAGAGAGAGAGAAAGACAGAGAGACAUUAGGAUAGACUGAAGAGAGAGAGAAAGACAGAGAGACAUUAGGAUAGACUGAAGAGAGAGAGAGAGACACAUAGAGAUUUACCAGCAGGAAAGAGAGAGAGAGCGCGAGCGAGCCCCACGCGCUGCUUGUGGUCGUUUGGUUUCAGUAGGCUAUUUUACACAGCAGCCGUUAUCGCUUUCACUGCUCCACUAUACAGGCUGCUAUUGGGUUCCUGUCGUGUGUGGGCAGCUCUAGCACACACACACCCUCAUACACACACGCAGCGCUGAGACUCAGAUACUCACCAGCAGCCUGAGCACCACACUCACCCUCACUCACUCACUCACUGACUCACAAACACACACAGAGCGGGAGCAGCGCGGGAGGAGAGCCGCCGCCGUGGUGGUUGGAUUUGUUGGUGUGGAAGGUGAAAGGAAGCAGGCUGCUGUUGCUGCUGGUGGUGGUGGAGGAGUCGGAGGUGCAGAGUGUGGAGUACUAAAGAAGGUGGUGGUGUUUGGGGCUUCGAGCGCUGAACACUCUGAACGCUAGUUUUCUACGCUCCAGAAGCGGAUGCUCCUUACUUGUCUGUUACCGUGAAGGAUAGACUAGCUACACCCCGUUCAGAGAGGAGGAGGUAAAGGAGCAGCUUAGGAUAAACCUCAGUCCCCUCGGUCCACACUGAGCUUCCAACAACUACUGGAGAUCUACUGGGACUACUGCUACUACUACUACUGGGAAGUUGGAUUUUCUCUCGUUUUGGAGCUUUACUGGGGGGAAAAACGUGACAGCAGCAGCAGCGAUGGAUUUGCGAUGGCUGGUUCUUCUAGCCUGUGCUCUUUUAGCAGGUACGAGCUCGGCCCAGAGGGUAGUCUCAGUGCAGCCUGGACCCCUGGUCCGAACGGAGGGCUCCCAUUUGACCAUCUGGUGUAACGUAACUGGCUAUAAGGAGGGAGUGGAGCAGGACUUCGAGUGGUCCAUGUACCUGCACACUGCCCCAGACAGAGAGAUCCGCAUAGUUAGCACAGCCCAGCCCAACUACGCCUACGCCGUGUACUCGCAGCGGGUCAACAGCAGAGAGAUUUACGUGGAAAGACUGAGUGGAGACUCGGCUCUUCUUCACAUCACCAAGCUGCAGGCUAAGGACCAGGGCGUUUUUGAGUGCUACACGCCCAACACGGACGGCCAGUACCUGGGCACCUACAGCGCCCGGACCAACCUCACGGUGAUCCCGGACACCCUGACCGUGACGUCAACCGCUCAGUCUCUGGCCAAGGUAGAGGGGGACAUGCUGCAGCUGAGCUGUGAGGUCACCCGUCAGACCUCCCAGCACACUCACCUGGCUGUGGGCUGGUACCUGCGCCCCGCAGACGAUGCAGCUCAGCCGCGAGACCUGGUCACACUGUCUCGGGACUUUGUGCUGAGACCUGGCGGCCCUUACCGUCAGCGCCUUUCCUCUGGAGACCUGCGUCUUGACAAGACCAGCACCACCACCUAUCGCCUGACCAUCUACAAGCUGCAGCCCACCGACCAGGGCGAGUUCUACUGCGAAGCCUCUGAGUGGAUCCAGGACCCGGACCGCUCGUGGUACUCCAUGACGCGCAAACAGUCCGACAAGACUUCAGUCAAAGUUCAGCCCACAGACCGCGACUUCAGUAUCCAGGUGAACACGGAUCGCCGGGCCUACACGGCGGGUGAGCCGCUGGAGCUCCGCUGCACCAUAGACGCUCAGAACGUUGCUGAGCGCUACUUCUCGGUGUCGUGGGUUUUCAGCAGCUCGUCCGUGGCCGUGGUGGGGCCCAGCGCCGUGCCCGUGCUGGGAGCCAACUACGUGGAGCGUGAGGCCGCGGGUCUGCUGACCGUCCGCAAGGAGAGUCCGUCAGUCCACCUGCUCAAACUGCAGCGGCUGACGCCUGAGGAUGCUGGCAAAUACAUCUGCAGAGUGACGGAGCGGGAGAAGACCCCCACCGGGGAGUUCAUCGACCGCAGCAAGCGAUCUCGCAACGUUCAGAUCGCUGUGACCCCUCUGAGCAGUAAUAUCACCGUGUCAUUGUCCACUAACUCAUCUGAGGUGAUGGAGGGGGAGAACAUCCUUUUGACCUGCUCUGUGUUUUCCACGCUGGGGCCUCUGUCUGUGGCCUGGCGGUGGAUAGAUAAAGAUGGCACCAGUGCUGCUGAGGAGGUGGCGACAGUGGACCGUGACGGCACUGUGAGGCCAGGCCCGGCAUACAGAGAGCGCCACAGCUACGGAGAGGUCCACGUGGAGCGCGUUCGGCCAGACACCUUCACCCUGUCUCUGUACAAUGCUUUCCCCACAGACGAGGGCCAGUACCACUGCAGCGUCACAGAGUGGCUCCAGAGCGGCAAUGCUCCAGACUGGACCUGGCAGGAGAUCGGCAAGAAGGACGCCACCAAAACCGUCACUGUCAAAUCCGUCGAGUCCUCCUUCUUCGUAUCCGCCUCAUCCCGCACUCCCAGUGUAACAUUUGGGGACUCGUUCGAUCUGCAGUGCAUUGUGAAGUCCAGGCACAACCCCAGCGUUCCAGCCUCCGUUACCUGGCGCUUUCAGGCAGCCGAGGGCGACGGGGAGUUCCGGGACGUGGUGACGUUUACGCGGGAUGGCACGCUGCAGUGGGGGGAGAAGACGCUGGGCCUCGGCACCCGCACCUCAGUGGAUCGUACGUCCAGUAACACCAACUUCCGCCUCAGUGUGACCCACGCUGGACGCAAGGAGGCCGGGAAGUACCUGUGCGCUGCCGUGCUCUACAGGAGAAACUACGACGGCACGUGGAAAACCAUCGCUAACCGAACAUCCAAUCAGCUGGGCAUCAGUGUGCUGCAACCAGUGAGCAAGUUGCGGGUGCACAAGUCCAACCAGAGCCUGCAGUUUUUGGAGGACAGCCGCGUGCGCAUCAACUGCUCCAUCGCUUCCCAGACCAGUGCUGAGUCCCAGCAUGCUGUUCUGUGGUACGCCCGGAAAGGUGAAGCGGGCGAGCCGGAUGAGAUGCUGCUGAAGAUCGAGAGGACGGGGGCUUUUGAGUACGGGGCGUAUGCAGAUGAGGAACGUCUGCGGAGUCGAGUGCAGUCCGAACGCGUCUCUCCCCGGCAGUUUGGCCUCACGCUGCACCGCGCAGAGACCAGCGACUCCGGAACGUAUUACUGCCUGGUGGAGGAGUGGCUGAUGGAUCCGGAUGGUGCGUGGUACCGGCUGGCCAGAGAUUCAUCCGGCUUCACAAAUGUAGUGGUGAAGCAGCCAGAGGUCAGAUUGCAGGUGGAGGAGCUGGAGUCCAACAUCACAAUACCAGAAUCAGGAUCCAUCCGUCUGGGUUGUCGCAUUCCUUCCCAGUCCUCUAAAGACUCCCGCUUCUCUGUGUCGUGGUACGUGUCCCGCUCCGAGAGUGACGAGGAAGACGAACGGGAGUGUGUGUUCUCCAUUGGCCACGAUGCCGUGUUCGGUAACGGAAACUGCAGUCCCACAGAGGAGCCAGGCCGCCUGCAGUUUGAACGCACUGCCUCAGACCUGUACGGCCUGACCAUCCAGAGGGUGAACCCUAGAGACGGAGGCAGAUACUACUGCCACGUGGAGGAGUGGCUGCUAAACCCACGCAACGAGUGGUACUGCCUCGCCACCAACGACUCUGGAUUCACCAUUGUAAAUAUCUUGGAACAAGUCUCCACCCUGCAGUCAGUGGUGUGCUCCAACAACUCGCUCUUCUACUUCGUAUUCUUCUACCCCUUCCCCAUCUUUGGCAUCCUGCUCAUCGCUGUUCUGCUGGUGCGCUACAAGAGCCGCAACUCCAACAAGAACCAGGAGGGCAAAAACGGUGCCCCCUUGCUAUGGAUCAAAGAACCCCACCUGAGUUACUCUCCCACCUGCCUGGACCCACCUGCUCUCAGCCUCCACCCCGGAUCCGUGGAGUAACGGAACUCCACCCUCUCUCUCUCUCUCGGCCAUUCACACUCUCUAUUGCUGUCUCUUUGUUGCUCUGUCUCUCUUAUCUCCCCACUCCUCAUCUAUGACAAAGCCAGCAGGAAGCAUUCUGGGCUCCUGACUCGGCCCUGUCAAACCAUCCAUAUGGCUGAACUAACCCCUCCUCAGUUUGGUGUUGCCUGGCUACAGUGACUGCCAGUGGUAAAGCCGAGAGAUUCUGUGUGGUUGUUUAAUUAGAGGACUUUUUCAUUUUAUUUUUCUGCUGUUUUAAAAGUCACCAUGUGUGUACUUUGGUCAUAAUCUCACAUUACCCGUUUCCCUCUCUUGAGCAGAAGUGCCUGUGGGUCUUAGUACUUCAGUAGUUCAUCUGACACACACGGCCUACGCCUCCCUUGCCACCUUUGUGGCCUACAACCUGAAUGAAGAAAGUUUUUUUUUUUUAAUGUGUGGUAUGAACGAUAUUAUUUUCUGUUCUACUGUUUCCCCCUCCAUUUUUAUGAAGUCUGGUGCAAACCUCUCAAUGAGUAUUAUGUUUGUUUUGUGUUUUUAUUUGUUUCCAGUGGUUCUUUGUUUCAGAAGACUGGCUGGUUAACCCACCGGCCUGUGAACGGAAAUAAUCAAGGCACAUCCAAGCUUUGAAAUCUUGGAAAGAAAUCCUUUCCUCUGUAGAAAUCUGGAAAGAAAAAAAGUAGUGGUCAUGAAUUCUUGAGACGAGUUCUUGGGAGUGCGCCACAGAACUGAUUUCAGACCUGUCUCUGUUUUGGACUGAUGAAACCGAGACCAGGGAGAAACCUAGCCUCCUCCCACUGAGUCUAGGGACGCUUUAUCAGACUCAUCCUCACUGCCAAAGACCCACUAAAGACACUUGGCCAAACUCUCAUGCUGAUUUGCAGCCACUGAUGACUGAUGAGCUUGCCCAUGUGCAGAAACUAGUGACUUAAUUAGGGUCCAUUACAUUCCUCUAUACAAGCCUUCUGGAGAACGGGAAGGUGGACAUUACACAAGGAGAUCGCCGAAUUCCUGCUCGGGUCUGCAGUUUCAUCGUUCGUGUUCAGGUGCUCCUGCUAGCACGUUUGUUUGAUAUGUUUUUUUGCUUUGUUUAACAUUGUGCAUUUUCAAUCGUUAUUGUUAUAUUAUUAUACUUAUUCCUCUCAGAUUUCACUCGAACUCCUUUCUGUCCUGAACUGUACUCCAGCGUGCUGGUCAGUGAGGUGUCUAUGCGAUGGGAGUGUACAAUGGGAGUAAGCACUGAAUCGCAGUGCCUUGCCUCCUACUGUGAAUAUUUCAUCUGUCACCCAGCCACCCUCCCCUGCUUUUGUAAGUUAGCUAGGUUGUGCGCGAGACAGGAGGAGUAUGAGGGCUUUUUGAAGUCAAGGUCAGACAUAAGAUCAUCUUUCCCACCAAUCCUUCCUCGUUUUUAACCUGCUCCUUAUUCAGCAAGCCGGUGGUGAUUUGGAGAAAGCUCCCAAAGCCUGCUGAGAACUGAGAAGACACUUCUGAUACGAGGGACAAUCUUGGUGCCAAGGCCUUUUUUUUUUUUUUUUUUUUUUUUUUUUUUUUAAAUAAAUUGUUACCUGUGCUCUGCAAGACCGGUCUGCGAAAGCCGUCCGCAAAGC